GGGGCGCGCUGGCCUGCGCGGGCGGCGCGGGCGGCGGUGCCGCCGCCGCCGCCGGCGCGGCGCGGCGGGCGCGGCGGGGUGCGGUGCGCGGCCGGGCGCGGGCCGCGCGGGAGGAGCCAGCGGUCGACGGGCUUGCCGCUCUGCUGCAGUCGACGCCCACGCCCGCCGCCCUCAACGUGCUGCGGGGGGUGAUGUCGGCAGAGCAGGUGGCGGCGGCGCUGGCCGCGGUCCGCCAGCUGGAGGGCCUGGUCUACGACACCCCCUCGGCCAUGGACGGCCGGCCCAGCCACACCAUGAAGGUGGUCACGGCCGGCAGCUGGCGCCCAGAGGUGGGGCCGCUGCAGGCGGUGCUGGAGGGCCCGCUGCGGGACCUGGAGCGCCGGGUGCGGCUGCUGAGGGGCCCCCGGGCAGAGGAGCUGUUCCCUUCGCAGGUGUUCGUGCGGCGCUACGCGGUCGGGCAGCGGCGCUGGGUCGCGCCUCACUACGACGUGAGCGUGGCCAUGACGGCCGUGUGCUCGCUGACGCCCCCGCGCCCGGACUCCGGGCUGUUCGUCCAGCACACUGCCUGCCCCUCGAGCAGGGAGUUCGUCGACCUGCGCGCCGCUGGCAGCUUCGCGGUGCACGGGUGGGACCUCUUGCACGGAGUCGACGUGACCGGCGAUGAGGACGCCGCCGUUGUCUCGACUUGCCCUCCUCCGAUUAUCGUGUGGUUCCGCACGGCAGUCAGGCCGUGGGCCGCCGUGCAGAUCGAGCGGCUCGGCCUAGAGGUUCUGGCGCGCGCAGGCGACGCCAACGCCGCGGCUCGCCUCGGGGACGCGCUGUGCCGAGGGUCGAGUCGCGCUGCCCGGCAGCGACGCCGCGGUCUGGUACGCGGCCUCCGCCGCGGAGGGCAGCGCGCUCGGGCAGCACAGGGCAGCCUUGGUGCACCUGCGGGCCGGGGAGGAGCGGCGGGCGGUUGGGCUGCUGCGGCUCGCGGCGGCGCAGGAGGGCGCGGAGGGCGCCGGCGAUGCGCUCUUCGAGCUGGGGCGCCUCUCCCAGCUCGGCGGCCGCCGCGACGAGGCCCGCGGCCUCUACGAGCGGGCCGCCGCCCUGGGACACCUGCCGGCCUUGGGCCAGCUGGCCGCCCUGGACGCCAGCGCGGGCCGCCACGAGUGCGCGCGCCGGCGGCUCCGGGAGGCCGCGCAGCGCGGGCAG